UUAAAGAGUUUGUAAAUCUGGCAACGGAUUGAAUGUACUGUAGUUUGGAGAAAGGAGGAUAAAUUUUUGUUCUUACAAAGAAAGGGCUGUUGGAAAAAAAAUUCAAUCGAAGAAAUUUUAACAUGGACGUGUUUUUAAUGGUUAGGCGUAAGAAAACUACAAUUUUCUUGGAUGCAAAAGAAACCACUACAGUUCAAGAGUUGAAGAAGAUGGUGGAGGGCAUUACAAAAGUUCCUCCUGAUGAUCAGAUGCUGUACAAAGAUGAUCAGGUGAUGGAACCUAAUAAGGUGUUAGGAGAUUAUGGAUUAAACUGUUCCACAGCAAAAGCCCAGGCACCAGCUCAAGUAGGAUUGGCAUAUAAAGACAAUGAAACUCUUGGCUUUGAACUUCUAGAAAUAACGCCUUUGUCGAGCCCACCGGAGUUACCAGAUGUAAUGAAGCCUCCGGAAACACAGAGUCACGAGCAGACAAUUGCUUAAAAUUUUGUCAUUUUCGAAGUUCACAGCUGUUUUAAUUUUUUUUUAUAAAUUUUUCUCACAUGGCAUACAUGUUCUGGAUACUACACAGCUGUUAUUUAAGCCAUCAAGAUACGAGCAAGUGGUCAACAUGUGUUUAAUUUUUCAAACUGGAUAGUUACAAUUCCAUAGUUAUAUCCUUUUGUUAUUUCUGUGAUAUGCCUUUGUGAGAUUGAAAACCAUUCAGUAAGGCUUCUCUUAACACAAGAAGACUUGUCAUACAUAAAUUUCAGUUUUUGUAAAGAUAUGUAUUAAAAUUCAUUUAAAUUACAUUUAAGGUAUUGUAAUGUGUAUUUCCUGUUGUGAAUUUCUUCAAUUGUACCUAUUUAUUUUUAGCAGUGAUGUAUGAUUUUUUAAUAGCAAUAAAAAAAAAUUUCUUUUAGAGUACUUAUUGUUAAGAAACAGAAACAGAAAAAAAAAAAAAAAAAGGUUAUGUGAACUUAACUGUGUCAAUUAAACUGUGCUGCACUUGUUGUAUUUUUGUUGUUGUUAAUUUGAAUAUUGUGGUGAACAAAUUUGUAUGGGUGUAUUUUUGUUUAUAAAUAUACUAAAAAUGUGCAUUUCAAGUAACUUUUGUGCCUUAAAUUUUUAAAAGGUAUAGUUAAACAAGGUUUCAUACUGAAUGUUUUAAAUUUCCAAUAAUGUUUAUUCUCUAUCUGUAAAAUGAUUUUAAAUGUAUUAACUCUUGGUCAAUGUUUGAAAAGUGAACAUAAAAUUGAAUGAUAUUGAAACUUGCCUCUUUCAUUCAUAAUAGCUGUAGCUUUUCUUCUUCACAUGUUAAAUCCAGAUCUGAUGUUUCAAAGAUUUCUUUGAAUAAAUUUUUUUUUUUUUUUUUUUUUUUUUUGAAAAGUUUAUUUUAAGUAUCUCGGCUUUUUUAUAAUUUUAAGUUAGUAAGCCAUAAAUUAGCAAUUCCUGAUUUCAAGAGUUAAGGCGUUUUUUUAUAAAAUAGUUUUCUUAAGACUUACCUAUUAAAAUAAAAUUCUAUUUGUAAUGUAAUGAAUUGCCUAUUAAAAAAAGUGCCAUCAUUGGAUGAAACUUGGGUAAAGAUUCAUUGAUGAUGGGGACAGAUUUCUUCAUUUUAUGAGAUACCAAGUGAUGAUGUAGUCUAAAUUAUAUUUAAAAUAUUAGUAUAGGUAACUGCCAUUGUAAUAUGGCCUAAACUAUAUAAAUAUUGGAAAAAUUUUGUUCUAAAGUUUGUAAAGUUUUGUUGAAAGGAAUUUUUAUUUAAACUAGUUCAUAGUUAAGUAGCCCUUCCACAUAUUUGCGAUGUUUAGAUAUAUUUACAGUUUUUUUGAUUUGUCAAAAUAAAGUAUUUUUGCGACUCCUUUCUUUGCUUUUCUUUUCAUUUUAAAUGCAUCAGGUUUGAAUAUCAGCUGGUAAAAUGUUUUAUUCAAGUAUGUUUUCCCACUGCUUUUAGUUCAAAAUAUGAGUAUUUUAAAUCAAUGUUUAAUAAGUAAUUAAAGCAUUUGAUGUGUAAAUUUUUGAAAUUUUUUUGUUUUUAAAGGAAAUUUCCUUUGGUGAAUCUUUGGUAUACGGUAAUUUGGUGACCCCACGGUGCCUACCCAUUCUUUCUUUUUUUAUGCCCUUUUCCCCCCAUCCUUUUCUUAUUUUAAACUGCAUUACUUUUCCACCAUAAUUUUUAAAUUUUCUUGUAUUUUUUUUCAUCUUGGCAAAAAGGCUCUACCUUUGAAAUGUUAUGGAAAAUAUGUGUUAAAAAGUUUCAAAAUCCCUGUUAGUUGAAAUUUUCAUUGAAAUAAACUAGCUUUAGCGUCAGUUGGGAGAAUUUUGUGCAAAAAUACAUCGAAAUUACAGUGAAUCUUUGGAGGAAAAAGCAUGUUCAAAAAAUGCCCAGUUGCUAAAUAUAUAUGUAAUCUAUGCAUAUUUAUACAUAUUUGUUGUGCAAGAUUAAAUAUAUAUAUGCAUAUAAAAUUACAAGUUUAAUAUUAAUUUAAAUAUUACUGCAAAUGAAAUUUGACUACGAAUUAAUCUUUUUGUAACAGGUGGCCUGUCAUUGUCAGCUGAGCAAUUUGUACUGCUAAGCUUAAUUUUGGGAAAAUUAAAAUUGUGGUGUAAUUGUUCUAAUUUUUGGCAUAUUAUGAGAGCAAUCUUCAUCACCACAAAAACUCACCAAAUUAUCCAUUACCAUGUUCCAAAGAUUAACCUCCCCUCCUUUUUUGAGAAACCCCAUCAAAAUUGUUAUAAUUUAUUUGAUAGUACAGCCAGAAUAUAGGGCAGUAGUUUCAGUAUUUGUUAAAAACUAGUUUUCUUGUAUCAUAUAAAAUAAAGCUUAAUAUUUUGGCAAGUGUACAGUAAUGCUUUUCACUAAAUGUUUGCAUGAAUCCAUUAUGGUGCUUUAAAUAAAGCAUUGAGUGUAAUGAUCAUUUAGUCUUUUGUACAUUGUAUUUCAAAAUAAAAAAACAAAUUCUAAAAUUAAAA